AUGGAAGACAAGUUUGAUGAAGGUCCGCGCAACUACAACGAUGAGUCAAGUGUCGUUGAGUUUGAUGAUCAUGAUGAGGACGAAGAAAAAGAAGAAGGUAAAACUGACGACGACAUGGACUCGAGCGACGAUGACAACGAAGACACCAGGUCUUCGAAGAGCAACAUCAAGAGACACACGCGCACUCAAUCACUUGAGAAAGCUACCGUCAUUCCAAGUCCCAAGCGAAGAACAUACAGAGGUCCGUCGCUUGAGCAUGUGUCAGCGGCUGCAAUGGAUUUUGAAGCAGCCUACAUCGUUGAUUCAGUGGGGGAAACGCCGACUACAUUCAAGUCGGCGAUGGAAUCAAGCGACUCCGGCAAGUGGAAAGAAGCGUGUGACUCGGAGUUCGAUUCGCUUCAGAGAAACGACACGUGGGAAAUCGUGCCUCUUCCGAAAGGUCGCAAGGCCAUCGGGUGCCGAUGGGUUUUUCGUGUAAAGGAGAAUCAAGAUGGCGAAGUUGAACGUUUCAAGGCAAGACUUGUGGCCAAAGGAUUCUCACAGAAAUUCGGAGUUGACUAUGAAGAAACUUUCGCACCGGUGGCCAAGUUCACAUCGAUUCGUGUGGUGCUCAGUAUGGCGGCUAAGUACGGCCUAAUGCUACAUCAGAUGGACGUCAAGACAGCGUUUCUUAACGGCUCCCUCAACGAAGACAUCUACAUGGACCAGCCGGACGGAUACCUGGAUGCAACACAGCCGGACUAUGUGUGCAAGCUAAAGAGAUCACUCUACGGCUUGAAGCAAUCGCCUCGCAUGUGGAACCAAACAAUCGAUGGGUUCAUGAUCAAGAUGGGAUUCAAGAAGUGCGAAUCGGACCACUGCAUCUACAUCAAGCGAGACGACCAAGACAUGAUUCUCGUGGUGCUCUACGUCGAUGAUCUCAUCCUGGCCAGCAGCAACAACGAACUCCUCAAGUCAACCAAGAUGGCGCUGAGCAAACGCUUCGAAAUGACGGAUCUCGGUGAGCUCGAUUACUUUCUCGGCAUGGAGAUCAAGAACGACCGUAAGACGGGAAUGGUGACUGUACAACAAACCAAGUUUCUCAAGUCCGUGUUAACCAAGUUCGGAAUGGAUAACAGCAAGCCAGUGAAGACGCCUCAAGAUCCCGGCCUGAAGCUAACCAAGAACAUGUGUGAACAAGAAUGCAAGCACGAAGACACCAUGUGCAACGUGCCAUAUCGAAGUGCUGUCGGAGGCAUCAUGUAUCUCAUGGUCGCCACACGUCCGGAUCUAGCUGCUGCAGUGGGAUCAUUAUCCCAGUUCUCGUCCGACCCAUGCCCGACUCACUGGCAAGCUUUGAAGCGUGUGCUGAGAUACCUGCAAGCAACGCCCAAUCAUGGUCUUGAGUUUACACGUGAAGAAGGAAGCCGUAUCUGCGGGUACACCGACGCAGACUGGGCCGGCGACAUUGAGUCAAGACGAAGUACAAGCGGCUAUGUGUUCAUGAUGAGCGGAGGAGGCAUCAGCUGGAAAAGCCAGAAACAACGGACGGUCGCGCUAUCUUCAACAGAAGCAGAAUACAUGGCGCUUUCCGAAGCAACCAAAGAAGCAGUAUGGCUCAAAGUGCUUUUGGGGGAACUUGGUGAGAUGACAAGCGACGAAGCGAUCAAGAUGUAUGAAGACAACCAAGGAUCAAUCGCUCUCGCCAAGAACCCGGAGUUCCAUAAGAGAACAAAACACAUCGACAUACGCUACCAUUUUGUGCGUGAGAAGGUGGAAUCAGGUGAAGUCGUUUUGGAGUAUUGCCCGACUCAAGAUAUGCUGGCAGACAUGAUGACCAAGCCGAUCGCCGCUGUACAAUUUGAAAACAUUCGCGAUCGACUUGGGAUCCAAGGUGCCGCAGCUAACGAGUCGAGAGGGAGUGUUGAAAAGACAGCGGCUGUGAAGAAGACACCUCGUCAAGCUGCGUCAAGUGUUGAAGCAAGUGGAAGACCAAGCUUCGCUAUACCGGUGGGUACCGGUAUGUACCAGUAA